UCGAUCAUUCAGAAGAAGGCAGUAAGAGAGUAGUGUGCAGUGGUUCAUAUAAGUGUUGUACAUUUUUGAACAAAGGACAAAUUAAAAUAAGGUUAUAGUGGAGAUGGUUGGUUGUGUAUAAUUUGAGCAAGAAAACUAAGUAAAAACUUCAGACUCCCUCUUUCUCGUAGAACGAUGUUGACCAUACGGUGACGAGGCCAGCCAGAUCGGCGGAAAACUACGUCACCAGUGACGGAUUCCCCCGAAACUGGGACAAAGUGCAGUGUACUCUGGCAUUGCGCUUUGCCGGAAUCUCUCUCACUUCAUGUCCUAGUACUCACCCCCCUCUUUUCCCCUUUCUCUCUCUCUCUUACUCUCAGGAUUGACCAAUCGUCUCGUCAUCCUCGAAUCCUCGAUCGAAACUGACAGGUAAUCAACGACGAAUGGUGCAGGUUCAACAAUAUAGUUUCUGGAGGGUUCAGUAUCAUGUCAGAUGGGGUUGAUGCUGGUGGCGGGGAAAACGAGGUAGAUUCCCAUUCCUGUUCGCACGCCGAUGUUGGAGAAUCAUCAAAUCCGAGAGAUGAGGAGAAUUUGGAUCCAGAUAAUGAAGCUGCCUUAAAUACUAAUUACGAUAGUGGUGAUGGUGCUGUACCAGCUUUUAGGUGUGAAAGGUGUGAGAACUAUGAAACUAUAAAUAAGACAGCAUUCUGCGCUCAUCAGGAUCAAUGUUUGGCUAGUGCUGAGCCAGGAGAAAGCACAGAGAAUAUAGAAGCUACUGAAAAUGAUGGAGAUGGAGAAGAAACGCAUCCUGGAAUUCGUUCUCAUAGGAAAAUGUUUGAAUGUGAUGUUUGCAAUAUGCAGUUUUCCAAUGGAGCUAACAUGAGACGGCAUAAGAUGAGACACACUGGUGUGAAACCAUAUGAAUGUCGUGUAUGCCAGAAAAGAUUUUUUCGGAAGGAUCACUUGGCAGAACAUUUUACAACACACUCUAAGACUCUGCCUUAUCAUUGUCCAAUUUGCAACCGAGGUUUUCAAAGACAAAUUGCUAUGAGAGCUCAUUUUCAAAAUGAACAUGUCGGCCAACAUGAUAUGGUCAAGUCUUGUCCUUUGUGCAAUUAUCGUGCAGCAACUAUGAAGUGCCUCAGGUUACAUUUUUUUAAUAGACAUGGAAUCGAUCUAGAUAAUCCAGGACCAAACAGUUCAAGUUCAUUGAUGAAUAGCUGUGCUCCAGGUGAAGCUAUGCCUUCUGCUCCUCUUUCCGAUAGUGGAGACAGUACUGGAAAUCGUUCCGCGGAUAAUGCAACACCGCCAAUGCACUUUCUAACACCUCACAUAGAAAUAUCAAUUCCUUAUCCAGAACAAACUACAAAUCAACGAAAUCCGAGUCCUGCCCCUUUAAAUGGAGAUAGUCCGAAUAGUCCUCAAAGUGCAGACAGUAAUAGUAAUGCUCCAAGUAGUAGUCACCAUCAGUUACCAAUUAACAGUAGUGGCAUUCACAGGAAUCUUGGUGGAAGUGAAGAGGCAAUUACACCUUCUAUUUCAUUAAUUCCUAUUAAGCAAGAACCAAACAGUAAUGGAGCGGAAGAAAAUGGAGCAACAUCCAGCAAUCUUCCAUUACCAUCCUUGAUAAAAGUCUCUCCAUUAAAAUCCCUUCUUCGAGACGACUUACGACGUAAACUUUCAUCUGGCUCAGGAAAUAAUAACAAUAACAACAAUAAUAAUAAUGGUAAUAAUAGUUCAAAUUCAAAUCCCCAUUCAAGAGGAGAACCUCCUAGUUCGACAAGGCCCGAUCAACGAAGUAGUGGACUUCAAUGCGCUCACUGUAGGAUUACCUUUCCUGAUCAAACAUUAUAUUUUCUUCACAAAGGUUGUCAUAGUGAAAGCAAUCCUUGGAAAUGCAAUAUUUGUGGAGAACAGUGUUGCAACUUAUAUCAAUUUAAUUCGCAUUUAUUAAGCAAAAGUCAUCAAUAAUUUUAUUGAAAGAAUAAUAUUCUUUUAAGAGCUCUUAGAACCUCGUUUAUUUAAAUAGUUAUUAUAUAAUAUAAAUUUACUAUAAUUUAUAUGAACAGAAUCAUAAUCUUGAGUUAAAAAGAAUUGUUUUCUGCUAUAAAGCAUAUGUAUUACAAUGUUCCAACAUAAUAUUUUUAUUUAUUUUAAUAUCUAUAUAUGUAGAUAUUGAUUAACUAGAAAUCAAGUAAACGAGGUUCGAGAAAUAAUUUUGCAAUCUGGAAAAAGUCGUGCCUUCAUCAAAAUACCUUUGCCAACGCUCACAUUCGUCCGAAACGUGCUAAUUUGUGGUGGUACGAAUGAUCCGUCCAUGGAGCUUUACUAAAACGUAUUCCAGAAGCUCUAUUGAUAGUUUUAAACAUAGUUAUGUAUAUUUAGAUAGAAAAAAACAGUGACUAUAUUACCAAAAUGUGCUCUUUUUUUCUAUUCAAAUUCUUUUUACGCACUGUUUUCUGUUUGGUUUUUUUUGUAAAAUUAUUUGUUAAAUUUUAUUAAUUUUAUAUUUAUGUAAUGUGUCCUUAUCCAUAAUUUUACUUAGUUUUAUUAUAGAAAGGAUUUUAUGAUCAUUACAGAAUGUUGUUACUUUGGUUAUUUGUAUGUAGAAAAGAAUCACGAAUAAUCAAGGAAAAUUACUUACAAACUAAAUUUCAGUUGUCAAUUUAUUAUUAUGGUGUGAAAAAAGAACCGAGCCGUGUGUUACAUAUAAAUACAGAUAUAUAAAUAAGAAAAGGAUAUGACAACUAAAAUAUUGCGUCAGCAUAAGAAAUAUUUUAUAUAAAAAUAUUUGUACAGAAAAGUAUUAAAGUAUAAAAAAGGUAUGCAAAUAAGAAAGUCAAGACAUCAUAUUUCAGAAAUUGAUAAGAAUAUCAGAAUAAAAAUCAUUAUGUAGUUGUUAAAGUUAAAUUUUACAUAAAGGUAUAUAAAGUUAGAAGUUAAUUGCAAACUAAAUUAAAAUAAGAUCAGUAUUUAAUUAUGGUUAAAUGAAAAUUAAAUAUUUGUUUCAAUAUAAAUAACUACAAAAAGGUUUAUUUCAUUAAUAGUUACGAAAUAUGAUUUCGAGACCUUAAUAAGUGUUUUGUGUACGUGUGUGUGUAUGUACGUUUAAUACAGAAUAUUCAAUUUAUGUGCAUAAAUUUGUGUUAUUAUACUAUGUUAUGUAAUAUACAAAAAUUUCGAAUCACAAUCAUUAGAAAUUUAUACUACAAUAUUAUAGUUAGUUUCAGAAAAUAAAAGUAACAAAUUACAAUAGAAUGUGUAAUUAAAUUGGGUACUCUGUACAUAUUCUAUAUUAAACAAGUACAUUAAGCGCGAUACGCACGAUUACUGUUAUCAAUGGUUGUAGUUAUUUAAAGAUCGUUUCGUAAAUUGCGUAAUAUUUAAUAUAAUUACUACUAUUACUAUGUUAUUACCAUGAUUAUGUUAUUAUUAUUAUUGUCAUUAUUGUAUUAUUUAUCGAUACGUAAGUUAUUUAUUGUUACUUUGCAUUCCAAUAUAUUAAGUUUUAAAUAUGCCUCAAGCUUGACGAUGCUUCUUUAUUUCAAAAUUUAUUAUUUUUCGUAUUUUCCUACUAUAUAUCAAAGUUUUAUUGUUAUAUUUUUGAAAUAACGAAGCUUUUCCAAUUAAUUAUUUUUGUUAACAAAAUUUUAAAUUAUCUAAAUUCAUAAAAAAAUGUAAAAUAUUUCUAUUAUGAGAUAUUUUACAUUGAUCAUGAUGUAUCAUGUGUUACAUGUGUUUUUUGAUACAAAACAAUAUUUUUUAACACUAAAAGUAAACAUUAAUGAAUAUAUAAAUGAUUAUUAUAGUUAAUAUCUUAAAUAAAUAUUACAUAACUUUUCUUAAGAAUAAGAAUUUUAAAUUAGCAUCGUCAAUGUAAAACUUUCUUAAAUAUCUUUCUAUAACAGACUGCGUGUUCAUCAUAUUCUUGCUCGAUCAUACAAAAAUGAAAUACAGAAAAUAUUUCUUAUUAAAUUAUUUUGUCUUUAAAAGCAAAAAAAGCAAAAGAGCCUGUGAGCAAAUAAUGUUUUUAAUAAUAACUAUAUUCGUGAAAAUGUAAUUAAGAAAAAAAACAAAAGAAGUACAUAUUCAAUUAUGUAAUAAAUUAUUCUCUAUCUUAGUGUGCUAGAAUUAAAUUUAUUUUAAAAAUACUAAUGAAUUAAUGCUCCAUAAAUUAUAUGAGAGGGGCAGUAUUAAUUAGAUUAUUUUAUAUAUACCCGUUAUAUAUAGAUUUUUAUCAUCCUGUUUAAAACUAAUUGAUUUCUUAACAGUCUAAAUUGUGUGUCUACAGAAAAUAAUAUUUCUUUCAGUGGAAUUUUUUAAAGAGAACUAUCAGUUUUUAAUUCAAUGUAUCAAAGCUAAUUGUUACUGCAUUAUUAUAAAUUGUUGAAUUAUUAAGAUAUCUGACAAAAUAGUAAGAUAAGAAUAUAUAUAAAUCUUUCAUGUUUGAUAUGCAUUUCACUAUAUUUCAAGUAAUAUCUCAAUUUGCAUCUUAAAAUUUGCUGUGAGCUAUUUUUUAUUUUCUUGCUAUAUUAAUGUGAGAAGCUGUUAAGAUUUAAAAAUUAAUAUAUUAUAUCAACACAUGCGAAGAAGUUACAUAUGAAUAUAUAUUUCCAUUUUAUUUUAUCUUGUGAUUGUUCAUCUUCAUUUCAAUAAUUAAUCAAAUAGUUAAACUAAAUUUAAUUAAAUCUAAUUUUACCAUAAUAAUUUUAAUUGAUUUAGGUUCUAUUUCCACAAACGUAGAAUUAUUGAUGUCUUUGUAAUAAUCUAGAAAAAUUUUUAGAAAUUCUUAAAGUACAUAUAGAUGCAAUUAGAUAAGUAUAAUUGGAUAGGUACAGUUUUUAAUUAUGAUUUAAAUAGUCUCUAGUAUUUACAUGCCCAAACUGAUUUACUUUACGUUUAUUUUGUACAAAAGUUAAUUUGAUUUGUAGCAAAAAUAUUAUAUAUUUAAUAUUAUAUUAUUAUUUUAAACAAUUCUUAUUUCAAAUAGCAAGUCAAAAAAACAAUAAUUGAGAAUAAAAGUGAUUUUCAUAUAAAUAAUUUAAAAUGUUGCAUAUUAUAAAUUCAAAAUAUGUUACCUAACAUUGUAUGUAGAAUAUUUAAACAUGAAGUAAGCAAAAUAGAUUUAACUGAAAAUGGACCAGAAGCAUUAAACUGUAUGCCUUUACACUGUGAUCGUGUUUAGGAAAAGUAUGUAAUAUUAAAAUUGUAUUCAAAUGGGAAAGUAUUUUCUCUAGCCUUGCAAAAAUAUGAUGAAUAUUGCAUAAAAAUACUUAAAACAUUAUAGCUGUCCAUAUUACCCUUGUUAACUUCCAAUUUAAAAAAAAAUGAAAAUAUACAAUUCUAUUCAUUCUUACAAAUUUAUGGAUAUAGCAACAUAUUUAAGAAUAUGAUAGGCAAAAAUCUAAAAUUGUUGAUGUUACUAUAACUAUGGUGUAAUGGGUACAAUUGAAAUAUAUCAUUAUUGUAUAUGUUA